CCUACUACAACCACACCUACUACAACCACACCGACUACAACCACAGCUACUACCACACCUACUACAACAACUCCGAUUACAACCACACCGACAACAACCACACAUACUACAACAACUCCGACUACAACCACACCGACUACACACACCUACUACAACACCACCUACUACAACCACAUCGACUACAAUAACCCCUCCUACAACCACACCGACUACACCAACCCCUACUACAACCACACCGACUACAAUAACACCUACUACAACCACCCCUACUACAACCCCACCUGCACCUACUACAAUCACACCUACUACAACAACUACGACUACAACCACACCGACGACAACCACACCUGCUACACCAACACCUAUACAACCACACCUACUACAAUCACACCUACUACAACCACACCAAUUACAACCACACCUACUACAAUCACACCUACUACGCCAACAACGACUACAACCACACCUACUAAAACCACAUCGACUACAAUACCACCUACUACAACCACACCUACUACAACCACACCUAACUACAACCACACCGAUUACAACCACACCUACUACACUAACACCUACUACAAGAACACCUUCUACACCAACACUUACUACAACCACACCGACUACAACCACACUUACUACACGAACACCUACUACACGAACACCUACUACAACCAGACCUACUACGACCACACCUAA